AAAAUAUAUCGACCUGAUGAAUAUGAAAUCUACUAAUUCCAAAAAGGAAAGUAAACUCAAUAGUGUUAUGGGACUCUUUGGCUGGGGCAAGAAAGACAAAGUAAGUAAUCAUGACAGAAAACCCGCGGGCCACAAGACGCAUAGAGUUAGGAAUGAGCAUAAAUAGGUUAGAAAAGCCAGAACAGGUGAAUGGGGAAAGAAAGAAGGCUCCUCCUCUCCCUAAAAAAGAUAAUAAAAAGCAGCAAUUUACCACAGAUGAGGUUUUGACAUUUGACUUAGACCCAUCCAAGAAAUUCCACCAUCGCAUUGAGUACUAUAGUGGAAAAUCUGAACAAAUAAUGAUUGACGAAGAAUUCUUGCUUGAAGAUGGAGCUGAUCCAGAGAAAGUACUUGAAGAGAUGAAGAAAUAAGCAACAAAGACUCAACCAGAUGGAAAAAGAAGAAGCAAAAUUAAGUCACAAUAUUAAACUUGCUGAUAAAGAAAAUAAAGAGAAAAAGGAGAAGACAAAUGAAGAGAGUGAAGCCUUUAAGAAAAUAAAGGACUAUCUCAAGAAAUCUCCUGCAAGUGAUAGACUGGAUUUUACUCAAAAUCUCUUGAAAAUGGCACAAGAAUUAGGUAAAGAUUUGACUAUUUCUGGGAUCCUCCCAUCAUUUAAGACUCUUGCAAAGGAUAAUGAUAGUGUCAAAAUGGCUCUUGUUGAUCAGAUAUUACCAAUAGCUUCUUUCACUAUUGAAUCUCAUGAAUGAGAAGAAUAUGAUAAAUGUGUAGCAGUAAUGGUUCCUAUCCUCAACGAAUUUAUGUACGACAAAAGCGAAAAUGUCAAAAGAAAAGCAGUAAAAGCUCUGGUUGAUUUCUGAGAUUUAUUGACUCCAGAUGAUCGAGGCAAUUACAUCUUGAAGUUCAUGCUAGAACUGGCCCAUGAAGAAGGAGAUGAGAAAGCAAGAGUCACAGCAUUAAAAAUUUUGAAUAAAGUUGCUGGAAAACUUGAUUCAGAGUUAUGUGAAAAAUUUAUUGUAAAAGAAAUAAAGUCUCUUGCGAUUGAUCCAUUCUCACUAGUAAGAAAGAAUGUUGCUGCAAAUUUGAACAACGUUUGCAGAUCAAUCAACCGAGAUUGCUUCUUGAAUGAAAUAUUCCCUCUUCUCACAGCAUUAGGAAAUGAUAAGGAAGAUGAAGUGAGGAAUUCAUGUGUUGAGCAAGUAUCAACUAUCUCUGGAGCUUGCCCCCCUGCUAUUAGAACUGGAGAACUUGAGAAAAUGUACAUCAAGUUCAUGAUAGAUAAGAACAAAAAGGUCAGAGUAAAUGCCUUCAAGUAUCUUGGAAAAUUUUUGGACACCCUCAAAGAUUUAGAAAUUGACCAAGAAUUUCUUGAACUCUAUAUAGAGACUGGGCUCAGAACAAAAGCUAAGGAUUUACAGUUUUAUUGUGCUUAUAAUUUUCCAGGAAUGCUCUAUAUUCUAAAAAAGGACUCUUGGGAAGCAUUGGAGGAACUCUAUGUGAAACUAUCGAAAUCACAUGACAUAAGAGUGAAGAAAACUCUUGCUCAUUCAAUCCACGAGAUCGCGAAAAUUGUAGGAUCUGAAAUUACAGAAACUCUCCUUAUUGACAUUCUCAACUCAUAUUUAAGGGACCCGAUGAAAGAAGUCAAAGUUGGUGUUAUAAAAAAUCUUCACCAAUUUUGAAGUGUGAUUAGUCAGCAACAAAGGUUCCAGUUCUUGAAAAUAUUUAAAUUAGCUUCAGAAGAGAACUCAAUGACUCAAAUUGUAGCUGAAAAUAUUGGAGAUUUUUGACUUUUAUUUUCUGAGGAAGAAGUAACGAAAUCAUUGUUACCAUUAUUUUACAAACUUUGAAAAUCAAGAAUGGCUCAUGUAAGAAAAGCAGCUGCACGUAAUCUAGCUAAAAUCCUUGAAGUUUACAAAGGGAAUCUGGAUAAACAAGAAGAUAUUCUCAGAGAUAUAAAUUCAAAAUUUGGACUUUCUCGAAUCUUCACGGAAAGACAAUCAUACAUAUACAUGUCAUCUGGAGUAAUGAACAAAAAUCCUGAUUUAUUUUCAAAAUUUAUGAAAUGAAAAAUGUGUCGCUUAUCCAAAGAUAGAGUCACAAAUGUGCGGAUCGUGCUGUCUAAAAUCCUGAGCGAGCAUAUUCGAGAAAAUGGGUCUUUCUAUUUUGACAAAGAAGUUAACAAAGCAAUUUAUAUUCUCCAGAAAGAUAAGUCCCGAGAUGUGCUCCACCAUAUUCAGGGAGUAAUGCUUACAGUUAGUGAGGAGAUCAUUCUCAAAGAACUCGAGGAUGAUGAUGCCCUUGCUGAAGAAGAAGCUAAACAACAGACUCAGCAUGAAGUUCAGCCCCAAGAAACUAAACAAGCUGCUGCAGAAGAAGAAGAGGAAGAAGAAAGCGAAGAAGAACAUGAAGGUGAAGACCAUGAGCCAGAUAACAGCGAAGAAACAAAGCAACAGAGCACACAAAGCAGUGAGCAGCCCAAAGGAACUAUUGAAAACAAGCAGCAACUCAAGGAAGAGUCCGAACAGCCUGAAGUAGAACCCGACGAUGAAGCCAACAAUGAACAUCAGCAGACUGAACAGAAGUCUGCACAAGAAGAGCAAAAGAACUCAGACUCAGACGUUGAAGCUCAGGACUCCAAAGGCCUAAGCGUGGACUCAUCAGGCGAGUCUGCAGACAAGCCUAUGAAUGAUCAUGCAGCUGAUCAUGCAGAUGAGUCUAGAGAGAACUCUGAGAGCAUUGAUCCAAGCUCAGACGAUGCACCUAUGGAGACCUAAGCCUCAAAUGAUUACGAAGGAAUAAUAUAUUAAUGGAAAUCAAUAUUUUUUAU